AAAGACCUCCUUACUAAUUAGUCAUUUCCUCUUCCCCUUCACAUCAUCUCCACUCUUUUGGUUCCUUGAAUCAAGCCCUAAUUUCACACACAUAGUGGCCAUGGCAGCUCCGGACAUGACAAUGAAGCUUCUGAUCGACACCAGAGGCCGCAGAGUCCUCUAUGCCGAAGCAGGUAAAGACGUUGUCGACUUUCUAUUUAGUAUUCUGUCACUGCCUCUUGGUUCUGCCACAAGGCUUCUUACUUCGAAUGAAAUGGUGGGUAGCGUUGGAAAUCUGUACCUUAGUAUUAAGGAUUUGAACGAUGCGUAUAUGCUGCCCAAAAAAAAAGAAAUGCUUCUGAAUCCAGUACUCACAAACCCUAUUGCUGCAAAUGCCCCUCUUUUGAUGCCAACUAAUCAUCAACCAUCAACCAAGAAGCCCUUGUAUAGGUGUUGUAAAGGCAACGGUCAAACGUUCAGUCAUAGUGCCAGUUCCUUCUCAUUUGGUCCCAGCAGUCAAAUGUCGAGUCCCAGCGGUCGGUGUGAUCCAUAUGUGACAUAUAACUUUAACGAACGUUGUCCAAAUUGCAAUAACUUGAUGAACUCCAACGUGAAGAUUGUUGGUCAAGUGGAGGAGGGGUCGUCUUCUUUCGAGGGUGGUUUGGUGCAGGGAUUGGUGACUUAUAUGAUAAUGGAUGAUCUGGUAGUGAAGCCUUUGUCUACCAUUUCAAGUAUUGAUUUGUUUCACAUAUUCAAUGUCAAGGAAAUGGGUUCUCUUGAAGAGAAGAAGGUUAAUCUAACCAUGGGUGAGGGUAAGAAGUUGCUGAAGGCUUCUUUACAGUCUAAGACUGUGCUCACGGAUAUUUUCUUUGAAGAAAAGAUGUUUGCAGAGGAAAAGAUAUCAAUGGAUUCAGUUGACUGAUUUUGUUGCUCCUUUACAUAGCCACAGUUGGAGAUUUUGUUAAUAGGCCGGUGCUAGACUGCUAGGAAUAUCUCCACUUUCUUGGCUGUAGUCUGUUUGUCUUUGUUGGAUGCUGUUUUGGAUUUUAGUCAGGGCAAUAUCUCGGUCAUCUUUAGUUCUCGUUUUAUGAGUGGCUUUGAAUCCUUCUUCUUGAAGAGAAUAUUCAGUUUGUAGUUUUGUAUGCUCACGGUCUUUUACUGUUAAUGUGACAGUUGCUGUAAAUAUAAGGGAGAUAGACUUUUCACGCUGGGAGGUCAUCAAAAUAGGGAAAUUUUCAUCUUUGGUUGAAUUCU